AUGGUUUCACACAGUCUAGUCCAGGGAGGUCCAGGAUUUCCUUACCUUGCUCCUGCCGUGUUUUGGUAUGUUGCUACAGGGGAUUUGAAUGAAGGCAUUAGCAGGGCUUCUUGUAUUGAUGUAGUUGACCCUGAGCUAUGCAUUUUUCUGGAAAGAGUAAGUUGCUACAAUAUUUUAUUUUAUUCUCAUAAUCCCACAUGAAGGCAAUAAUACAUGACUUGUGCACAUUUACUGUUUAUGCACAAUUAUGCAGGCCUUACAUGAAAUGGACUGAUGAGUAGAUUUGGCAAUGGGAUGAUGGCUUAUUUCUAGGAGUUUAGUGGCAGGAGUUGGGUGUGUAGCCAUCCCCAAUAUGGAUCCAUUUCCCCAUAAUGGAAAAGAAGGAUAAGGAUAUUAUAUGUAUUUUAUCUGGCCUAAAAAACUACUCGUAAAGCAAUUCGAUGACUUUCCACUCUUAAUUUAUAAUCUCAUUUUGUUUUGUUACUUUUUCUUAGUUAAAAUAUAUAUAUGAAUAUUUUUUGGAGACUAAUUAAUAUGAGCCUGCUAGGAAGCUCUCCAUUGGCUGACCUCUCGCAAAAUAAUUAGUGAUAUUAAUUUUUUUAGGUCAAAGAGGCUGUGCCAGGGUGUGUUAAUGAAAUAUCCUAA